UGAUGUGUGAGAUGGUGUGUGGUAUGGGAUGGUGGGAUGAUGCCCUUGGCGGGUGGAAGCCCCGGGCAGGCACCAAGAGGUUAACGGCCCGCGCUUCUUUGCAUUUCCUGCGCAGCUUCUCGUUCCCGUCCCGGCGGGGCAGACCCAUGGCGUGGCGGGCGGCGCCGCUGCUGCUGGCACAGCUCAGCCUGCUCCCGGCCCCGGGUGCGGAUGCCCAAGUGAGUCAGGACUUCGAGCUGUGGCAGCCCCAGGACCCGGUGACAGUGGCAGCAGGGCAGACGCUCACCCUGACCUGCACCACAUUUGGAGAUGGUCCCACUGGCCCCGUGAAGUGGCUGAAGGGCAAAGACAGUGGGAAUGAGACUGUGUAUGAUCAGACGGGCUCCUUCCCCCGUGUGACAAGGGCAGUGAGUUGGUCCAACACAGACUUCACCAUCCACAUCAGGGAUGUUCAACCCGAGGAUGCUGACACCUAUUACUGCGUGAAGUUCCGCAAGACGCUACGAGGUGAAGAGGAGUUUCGGCGUGGGAAGGGCACGGAGGUGUCUGUGCGUGAGACAAACCUCAUUCCUGGCAUUCUGGCUGCAGCUGUAGUGCUCUGCUUCCUCCUCCUCCUCGGCCUCCUCGUUGCCCUUUUCUUGUAUAGGAGGAAGCGCCUGGCUGGGCAGGCUGCCACGAGCAGCUUCUCGACCAUCCCUCUGCACUGCUGCGCAGGGACCCCCAGCACCUCCAGCAGCAAAGUCCUGGAUGCAGAGACCUCCCAUCUGCCCAGCUGGGUAAGAGUGAGCCAUGAAUAUGGGGAAGAGCAUCUGAUGUCCUGGCUUGCAGGGCUUCUGCAAGGCUCCAAGGCCAGGGUGGGCACUGGGUGAGCAGCAGCUGCUUGCACAUGGUUGUGGCACGCCCCACAUCACAGUGCAGGGCUACCCGUGCAGCCGUGGCACCGCUAUCCCGGCUUGAAUUUGCCAUGAGGGUUACUUCUGCGAGAUUUUUCUAGUGCCAGCGUUCACCAUUU